ACAAUUCCCUCCCAUUCCAAUUUUCAUUUCCCGGCCUUUUGUUUCUCACACAACCUUCCUUCUCGCUGCUUGCUGCCCCAACACCGCCCACUUGCAUUUCUUACCCCAAACCGCCAACCCGCGUUUCUUCCCCCAACACCGACCACCCCAAUAGCACCACCGUGUCGUGGCUUCCAUAUUCCCCCACUCUCAUUUCUCCCCCCUGCGUGACUGAAGUCGUGUCUCCUACUUCUGGAAGCCGCCCUCGUGUUUCUCCAACUCUCCUACUUCUGGAACCCGCCCUGCAACCGCCUCAUCUCCUCUCCUUUCCUGCGCGCACUGCUUCCGUCGCUGACUCUCCUCCCACAGGCCACCGCUAGGUUUUUUAACAGCUAAAAGCUCGAUUCUUUUCGCUUGUGCCGACCGGCUUGAUUAGUUUUCCAUGGCGGUUGAAUCAUUUACUGUUGCUGCUCAUGGGAUUCCUCUGGGUGUAUACCUUCAUUAUUUUGUGCAGAGUAUUCAGCUACUUUCGUUGAGGGAUGUUACUGAGGAGGAGUGGCACAGUUGGUUUAUUGAGGAGGGCCUUCAGCAGAUUAGAAGUAUCGGGCAUAUUAUGAAGAUAGAUCACCAAUGUGGCUAGUGAUUAAGGCUAGUUACAGGAGCACCUGGGCGAGGGGCCAGGUUGUAUGACAAUACUGCAAUGGAGAACUUAUUGAAGAGUAUUGAAAGCGUUAGUUUUUAUGUUGUAAACUUCUAGGUAAUCAUCCAUGGGCGGUUUAAGAAGCAUGUUGCGUACAAACAGUUCUAAGGAAUAUAAGUGUGCGCCAUUUCGACAUUAUAGCCGACUCUUCUGGCAUGCAUCUUAAUAGGGUUCAGGCAAGCAGAGCUGAUAUGAUUAUUUAGAGGUGUGCAGCUCAAAUGGUUAUACUUGCUGGACCAGGGGUUCUGAUAUCAACUUUUUGUCUUGGAGCAGCACUGAAGCUCUCAUUUCCUUAUGAUUGGAACUGGAAGACAUCAUUGUUGCUCGGUGGACUUCUAAGUGCAACUGACCCUGUAGCUGUUGUAGCUCUCUUGAAAGAACUCGGGGCAAGCAAAAAAUUGAGUACAAUAAUUGAGGGGGAGUCCUUGAUGAAUGAUGGGACUGCGAUUGUGGUGUAUCAACUUUUUUAUCAAAUGGUCCUUGGUCGAAGCUUUAACUGGGCAUUAAGUCUGAAAUAUUUGGUCCAAGUCUCAUUUGGGGCUGUGGGAUUUGGAAUUGCAUUUGGAGUAGCAUCAGUGUUGUGGCUCGGAUUUAUUUUCAAUGACACCGUCAUAGAGAUCACUUUGACACUUGCUGUGAGCUAUGUUGCCUAUUUUACUCAAGACAAGGAGAAGUUCGAGGAUCAGUUGCAUGAUAUGGCAGUAAUGCUUGAGAGAUUAGAAGGGUGGAGGCAAAAGCUUCUGCUAGAGGUAACCUCUCUUGCCUCAUUAUUUUUGGCCGGAAAGAUUUCUUGCCUUAUUAAUGUAGACCAUAAACCUUUUUUUACCUCUAUCCCCUUCUUUUUCCUAAAUGCAAUAUUAUUUUAUUCCCCUUUUCUCUUGUUAGAUUAUGUUUUUUGCAGAUUGAUUCACAAUCUUCAGAGAUAGAGAAGCUCUUUGAGGAAAAUUCAAAUCUGACAUCUGCUUAUCAGGAGGCUAGGGGUGUGGCCUUCACACUAGAGACUUAGGUGAUGUAAGUUGGUUGAAGUUUUUCUACAUGUUGUUCAUCGGGUUCACAAUCUGAGACAUUGUACACAGAUAGCUAUUUGUGCUUCAAAUCCUACCCGUUUUUCCGUCUUGUCAGAUGUCCACUUUUGAUGGCAUAAAUGCUAUAAUGUUUCUAAAACUAAGAUCUAAAACUUCA